AUGUAUGUUGUAAAUAUUAUGAAUACGACUCAGCUGGUGGGGAGCUGAGAAAGCAGUAACUGCCUUCAUAGGCUUAAAUAUACACAUGUAUGCUCUCACCUGAAUUUCCUUGGCUCUUCUUUCCUCUCUUCCUAACUAGAUCUGUGGCGGCAGCGAUGGAAAGCUCCAGACGGCAGCUUGCUUGGGAACUGCUGGGAGGGAGCUGAAUAGUGGAGCAGGUUACCAGACUUUUUCUGUCUCCUGUUGUUUCUUCCUUCCCCUCAGGACAAGGUAAAUAGUGUUCUAAUGUUGAGCACUGACCCAAACUGUCUGCUGCUUAGGAAGAGCAGGGCUGCCAGCUGAAUGAAGAACUGUACUGUACAUACCAGAGGCCUGUCAACUGCUUGCCCUCACAGCAAAAUGUUUAUCCCUAAAUGCAAGUGUCAUUUGCUGCACAGAUUGCAAGGAGUUCAGGGGGCUGAGGAUGUUUAUAUGCCAAAAACAUCAAAGAUAGACAGUCUGAAUGAUUUUCGCCCUGUGGCGCUGACGCCCAUUAUAAUGAAAUGUUUCGAAAAACUGGUGAGGAAGCGCAUCUUAUCUUGUCUGCCAGUGGGACUUGACCCUUACCAGUUUGCGUACAAGGCAAAGAGAUCCACAGAGGAUGCUGUGGCAAUGGCUUUACAUGCUGUCCUGACUCAUUUGGAGAAGCAAGGGAACUAUGCGAGAUUGUUAUUUGUAGACUUUAGUUCUGCAUUUAAUACUAUUCUUCCGCAUAGAUUGGUGCCCAAAUUAUUAGACCUGGGACUUCCACCAUGUUUGUGCAGGUGGAUAUUAGACUUUCUAUCAAACCGUUCCCAAAGGGUCAGGUUGGGUUCCCACGUCUCUGCAGAUCUCAUCACGAAUACGGGGACACCGCAGGGGUGCGUGUUGAGCCCGCUUUUAUACACGCUCUAUACAGCUGACUGUGCCCCCAAAUACCCCAGUAAUAAGAUCAUUAAGUUCGCAGAUGAUACAACCGUGGUUGGUUUAAUUACGGCUGGAGAGGGGGAGACGGCCUAUAGGAAGGAAGUUGAGCAGUUGGGGAGUGGUGCAGGAAAAACAACUUACUGCUUAACUUAAAGAAAACAAAAGAGAUCAUUGUGGACUUUAGGAAAUGUAAUUUGAAUAUUCAGCCACUUAUUAUUGUGGGAAGUGCGUGGAACAGGUCUCAGUGUUUCGAUUUCUGGGAAUGGAGUUGAGAGACGACCUAACCUGGGGAGAGAACAGCAAAGACCUGGUGAAGAGAGCACAGCAGAGGUUAUAUUUUCUGAGAAUCCUCCGGAAAAACAAUCUCUCAAAGGACCUGUUGAUGGCAUUCUACCAUUGCACUGUGGAGAACGUACUAACUUAUGGUCUGUGCAUGUGGUUUGGGAGCUGCAUGGCCAGGGAAAAAACAAUGCUAUCCAGGGUUGUAAAGACUGCAGAGAGAAUUAUUGGGUGCACUCUUCCCACCUUAGAUCAAAUCUAUGCUGCCAGGUGCCAUAAGAAAGCGGCAGAGAUAGCACGUGAUGGUACGCACCCUGGAAAUGAUCUCUUUCAGCUUCUGCCUUCUGGAAGAAGGUAUAGGGUUAUAAAGGCCAGGACUAGCCGCCUGAAAAACAGUUUCUACGCUAAUGCAAUUCUGGUUCUAAACGCAGCAUAAGGGGUCUCUGUAGUAUGGUGUAUUUUAAAAUGGGGUUUUAGAGUUUUUAGGGGGUUUUGAAUGUUUUAUGUAGUUUUUAUGUAGUUUUAUGUAGUUUUAUGUAGUUUUUAUGUAGUUUUAUGUAGUUUUUAUGUAGUUUUUAUGUAGUUUCGUGGUAGUUUUAUGUAGUUUUAUGUAGUUUUUCAAUUUCAUUGUUCCGCAAGGGACAAUGACAAUAAAGAUAUCGUAUAUCGUAUCGUAUAUCGUAUAUUUAUGUUGAUAAACAGGGAAUGGGAAGUGAGGUUAAGUCACUUCCCUGUUUGUUGCCUGUGUCCAGUGCUUUUCUUUGGCUAUAUAUAUGAGGGGCCGCUACACAUCUCUUUAUAAAAGUGCUGCGUAUCUGAGCACACAAUGAUUGCAAAAAAAAGAAGUGACUGACUCCGUAUAGGUGAGCACUGUCACAAAAACCUCUCUACCUGUGUCUAAAGAACGCAAAAGCGAUUCCGAGUCUAGUGUGGAUCAUCUUACUUUAUGCAAUUGUGUGAAUGCAUAUUUAUUUUCUUGAUCUGUUCUUGUCUCACACUGUCUCCAAAUUAUUCAUGUUCAACCAAGCUUUGUAAUGGUUCUGCUGGGAUGAAGAGCAAGAUUCUAAGCAAGUUGGCUCAAAGAUUCAAAGAUAACUACUACUGGCAAUGUGCUUAGAAUUGCAGCCCGAGAAUCUUUCAAUGAAAACUGAAGCAUUUCCAAAGUUCUGCUUUGUGUUUCUGUGCUAAGUCAAUAGCUGGCACAAUAUUUAUGUGCGUGUUUAUAUUUAUACCCUGCUUUUAAGCCAAAAUUGACUCCCAAAGUGGCUUCCAAUUAAGUACAAUAUAAUUAAUGACAUGUUGAUAUGGAAGGUGCGCUUCUUCCAGCUCCUGGCAUUUGAUGUCAUAAUCCCGUCUAAAAGCAGCCCCUCUAAUCCACUACUAUGGUCUUCUGACACUUAGAUAUACAGUUUGUAUAACUUUGUCAUUACAUUAUGUUAUUUUGUCUAAAUAGAAAAAGAAGUUGGGAUCACAUUCUUUGUGUUGGAUUUGUACUGGUGAGUCCUGGGUUCAAAUCCUUAGUCUUCCCUGAACCUCACUUGCUCACUAUAGCCAUUAUCUCUAAGCCUGCUCUAUCUCCCAAGGUUAUUGUGAGGAUAAAAUAGGAGGGAGAAGAGUAUAUAUCACAUUGAGCUCCUUAUAGAUAGACUAGGAUGAUAAUGUAAGUAGUCUUGUCUAUCUUUAUGUGCAGAUAGUACAAAGGGAUCUGCAUUCAUAUUGGGGAAAACUUCUUUUUGUCUGACACCCUCCAAUGAAUUCAGAUUUCAAACAUCAGUGUUGGCCAGUGAGUACCACUGUGUUGAUCCACUAUUAGAUUACCCACCUUUUGUGAUGUACACCUGGCAUUGCAACAUGCAUGUGUGCAUAUUUGUGUGUGUCCACUUCAGGUCUAGACCGACCUGCUUGAAACAUAACAAACUGUGCUUUAUUGUUACAAGCACAAUCUGCAGUGAUGUUUGACCUCUAUCCUCCUUUGUCAUCUCCCCUCACACAAGAGGGGAGGAGCUUAAAACCUGAGAAUCUGAUUUGUAAUAAACUGGUUUGCUGUUUCAUUCAACUGCACCAAACUAUAGUUUGCUAUCAGAUUUGUGUCUGAAACCUAUAAGGCAAGAAUGGGGAACCUAUGGCCUCCAGAUUUGCCAGACUACAAUUCCUAUCGUCCCUGACCAUUGGCCUUGUUGGCUGGGGCUGAAAGGAACUGGAAUCCAACAUCAGCUGAAGAGUCAAAAACUCCCCACACCUGUUAUAGAGUAUGGUAAAUAAUUGCAUAUUCCAAAUGGGUUUCAUAUCAUAGGAUACUGUAGAUUGUAAUACAGUACUUUCAAAAGCACACUUGAAUACUGCCACACACAACCUGAUUUCUGAAUGAGAGACAGUAUUUUUUUCAGGCAUAAUUCCAUUUCUAAGAUCAUGGUCAGACUGUAAUAUAAUACAGUAAUAGCAUACUUAAGCAAAUAAUUCUUUCUCAUUUCCAGGUUUAUAUUUAUCCAACAACAAUGAAGGUUCUUCUGGUUUUUGAUUUUGACCAUACAGUUGUAGAUGAAAACAGUGAUACUUGGAUUGUGAAAUGUGCACCAGCUUCCAAGCUUCCUGAUGAAAUUAAAAAUUCCUAUCGAAAAGGAUACUGGACAGAAUAUAUGGGCAGAGUCUUCCGAUACCUGGGGGACCUUGGCAUAAGAGAAGAUGAGAUGAAAAGAGCUAUGACAGCAAUCCCUUUUACUACAGGAAUGAAAGAGCUGAUAGAUUUUAUUGGCAAGCACAAAGACUUUUUUGACUGCAUAAUUAUAUCGGAUUCCAAUGCAAUAUUUAUUGAUUGGAUUUUAAAAGCUGCUGAUGUAUCUCAAGUAUUUGAUGAAGUGUUUACAAAUCCUGCAAGUUUCAAUGACUGUGGCUCUCUCACUGUCCAGAAUUGUCACGCUCAUGAUUGUGCAAAGUGUCCUAUUAACCUCUGCAAGAGAAAAGUCUUGGAAGAAUUCUUAGAACGUUUAAAGCCCAAGGUGAAAUACUCACAAAUUAUAUAUAUAGGCGACGGUGGGAAUGACCUGUGCCCAGUAAUGUGUUUGAAAAAAAGCGAUGUUGUUAUGCCAAGACAAGGGUAUAUGUUGGAGAGCUUGAUUUCUCAGUUGUCUCAGAAUCUUGUUCCCGUAGAGGCAUCGGUUGUCGUCUGGUCAUCUGGAUUUGAGAUCCUGGCCUACUUAGAAGUACUUACAAAAGGAUAGAACUAAUUAAUACUGGCAAAUGGGUGGUGCUCUCUGAAUCUUCUCACAGCAGAAUCGUUUCUUUAUGAAUGUUAGGGGGGGAAAUAACACUUUGUUUAUGCUACUUUGAUUCAUUGUCUUCCCUUGUGCAAACUCGGUGGGGUGAGGUUCCUGAGAAAGGAGGGAAAUUCAUCAAAAGAAGGUGCCGAAGGUUGCAGUUCUAUAGACACUUACCAGCAAGUCCCGUUGAACUCUAGAGAGCUUACUUCUGAGUAGACAUGUAUAGGAUUGCACUGGAAGUCAUUGUUAAAUGUAGUUGCCAUGUAAUAGCUAUGUUACAUGAGAUAAGCUGUCGGUAGGGUAUGUUUUAUGAGAUAUAGAAACUGUUUCCCUCUAAUUAUCUGAUGGAGAGGAGAAAUGCAGCAAGAGCUAUAGCUAACGUUGCACUGUUGUGCCUCGGUGCCACGUUCAGCAACAGCUGUCCAUUUAAGAUGAUAUGAUAGGUAUCCCUAUGAGCUAACUUUUAAAAGGUUGUUAAUAUCAUGUGGGAUGUGGCUUUGACUUCUGGUCUUGUGAACAUCCCUCACCCGGAGCCCCUUGCAACCAUUAUAAUUCAGCUGCUAUUUGCAAGAAACGUAGAGCUUCCACACUGUAUGUGAGUAACAAACCAUUUCUGUAUAACCUUCUGAAGCUCUUUCUUAAGGGAGAGUUGCUUCCCUUAGCCACAAAAUCAGCCUAGAAACGGGGGCUAAUUUUGUCGCGCACACAUCUCAUCCCCACGCAUCUCAUCCCAACAUGGCUCUUUUACAUUAUUUAGCAAACAGCCAGCAUAAUUCAGUAUCAACCACUAAUCAAAAAGUGAAAGCUGAUACCAUGUGUAGGCAGCAUUAACAAGGAAUAAAUGUGAGCAACACUUGAAGGUUCUGCAUUGUCUGACUUCACGUGCCCAUGCAGUGUCUGCUCUAAUUGCAUAUGCCCUGUGAAGAAAUUAAAAGAGAUGAUGGAAUGAUAUCUGUACUCCUCGUAACAGGCAAAAAGGUGCUUUGUAUUAAUGCAGCCUUCCAUGUUUGCUUGGAAGUAAUUCUCGCUAAUUUCAAUAGGAUUUACUUCCGUGUAUGUGUGCAUAGGAUUGCAGCCUUAAAACCGAAGUCAGUUUUGCUAAAACGAGUGUCCUGUGUAUGAUAAUGUUGGAAAGGAGAAUGUAUCAAUCUGAUUUUGAUGCAUCUUAAUGAAAGUUCCUGUGACUGAGACACCAUGGUUUGUACCUCUUUGUAAUACCUCUGAGGAUAUUACCCAGGAGUUUGUGGUCCAUCUUCCUAUGACAUUUUAUUAGCAUUAGAAUGGUGUGUCUGAAAUGAAAGGUUUGAAAAGUGGCAUAUAUUGAUAAACAGUAUUGUGUUGACCCUUUUACCCUAUCGUGAAAGGUGAUUGUGUUAAAAUGUUUUGCUUAAUAUGUGGAAAAAAUAUUUAGAUAAAUUGGUUUUCCUUCCAGUUUUUGAAAGCAUACACGAAGAGUAAAGAGCAUAACUUGGUAGGCUUCCAGAUUCUAGUAAUUUUGGUGGCAAACAUCCCUUUGAUGAGUUUACUUAGCAGUCUGCUAAAAUUCAAAUACUGAGGUACAGUGAUCAGUGGAUUUCCUUGAAGAUCCAUUUCUUGCCCAGUUGUUAUUUUGUCUGUAUACAAUGUGCCUGCUGCAAUUUUUGGAGUAUGUAUAUUCUUUAAAAAUAAGAAAGAUAUAAAUUUAAUUUAUCCUGUUUGUAGUUUUGUAUUUAAGGAUUCAUGCUUAUAUAAAGAAUACUUAAUUAAAUAUUUUAUUAAGUAACUACAUUACAGUUUGAGGUCUUUUCUUUAAUGUAAAAUCUUCCUGCAGUGGAAAUAAACAGAAGCAACCUACAUUUGUAUAAACAGAUCUGGUAUUACAGAGAUAGUCAAGAGAUUUUUGCACUCUUGACAGUGAAAGAACAAAAAUACAAUGGCAGUAAUCCCAUUGAAUCAGCUGUAAUACAAGUAACCUGUAACUGGUCUCAGUCAGCACCCCGAAACCCUUCUAAAAUAACAUUUCCACCUACUAAAAACUAUGAAAAUGUCAAGUUUUGCAGGGAAGGCGUUCCAAAGUUGUGCAGCCACAGAAAACGACUUGCUGCGAGUCAUUGCCAAGCUGCUGCUAAGUUCUGGAAACAUUAAACUAUCCUUGCAUGCUCCCUUUCCUUUUCAGAAAAAAAAAUUGCUCUACUGUAGCACGCUACUUUCAGUGUAAACUCCUUACACAAGAAGGUCGUAGGAGAAGUGAACGUUUAGGUUCAGGAUGUUAUAGGAAUUCUAAGGUCUCAAAUAUAGAAUAAAUGUUGAUAAUUGCACAAGGUAAACAUACAUACAUACAUACCGUAAGUAUAUAAGCCACAUGUCUAAAAUAGUACUGGAGAGCAAUCCAAAAGCCAUCUUGGCUUUCCUAAAGACUCUAAAUAUUUCCUCUGCCUCCUUAAUCCCCCUUGCCUGAGAACAGGUAGGCAGAUAGCAAUCUGGGGAAGUUCCUGAAGGGAUUCCUCUCCUCUAUAUCUAUGAACCUCCUUUGUAUUAAUUGUCAUUGUUUGCCCAGAUGCUCUGCAUUGAGCGAUGUCUGACAGGCAUCCUGAUUGGACGGUUAAGUCCCUCAAAGGCAGCUAUGGGGCUGCAGCGCUCAUCUCACUUUCAGGCCGAGGGAGCUGGAGCGUUUGUCCACAGACAGCUUUCCGGGUCAUGUGGCCAGCAUGACUAAACCACUUCUGGUGCAACAGGACACUAACAAGUGCCAGAGCGUACGGAAACGCCGUUUACCUUCCCACCGCAGUGGUACCUGUUUAUCUACUUGCGCUGGUGAGCUUUGGAACUGCUAGGUUGACAGGAACUGGGACAGAGCAACGGGCGCUAACCCCGUCGUGGGGAUUCAAACCGCUGACCUGAUCAGCAAGCCCAAGAGGCUCAGUGGUUUAGACCACAGUGCCACCCUCUCCCGUAAAUGUUUUGUGUAAACUGUGUCUGGAACUAUUUGAAACAUGCUAAAUCCUCAGGAAUAUCAUACCUUGGCCUGCCUGAGCCACAGUAACCCCACCUUAAAGGUAAAGGUAAAGGGACCCCCGACCAUUAGGUCCAGUCGGGAAAGACUCUGGGGUUGCUGCGCUCAUCUUGCUUUAUUGGCCAAGGGAGCCGGCAUACAGCUUCUGGGUCAUGUGGCCAGCAUGACUAAGCCGCUUCUGGCGAACCAGAGCAGCGCACGGAAAUGCCAUUUACCUUCCCGCCGGAGCAGUACCUAUUUAUCUACUUUCACUGUGACGUGCUUUCGAACUGCUAGGUUGGCAGGAGCAGGGACCGAACAACGGGAGCUCACCCCGUCGCGGGGAUUCGAACCGCCGACCUUCUGAUUGGCAAGUCCUAGGCUCCGUGGUUUAACCCACAGCGCCACCCGCGUCCAACCCCACCUUAUGUGUGAUGUAAUUUCUAACUGUUUGUAGAGAGGAUGUCCUUCUCCGCGCCAAAAUGCAAACCCUUAAAAGAGAUGUUUCUUUUCGGUUCUGGGUUUCUCUUGCCUCCUUGCUAGCAGGGGAAGGAACUCUGUUGCAACAGAAAAAAAAUAAAGAUCUGCCUUGCUUUCGCUGCAUCCGGCCUCCAUCCAUUCAUCUCUGACCGAUCAUGGACUUAGGGGACUCAUUCCCUUGGGGCAUUGGGCAGCAAAAACCAACCACCCUUAUUUUUCCUAUAUUGAGGAGAACUUCAUUGGUUCUUGGUGGCUCCCAUUAAGUUCUGUGCAGCAGCAAGCAGCCUGCAAUGUGGGCCCUGGCUAGACAGGGACUGGGCAAGGCAAAAACACAGACCCAGGGCCAGAUUUAGGUUUGAUGAGAUCCAAACUACUAAUGGGGCCCUUUCUAUGUCCAGCUGUCCUUUGUCAACAACAAAUUGUCGCUGUUCUUUUGGGUUGAAUAUAUGCUGUAUGGUAAUUUACGGACCUAAUAGGUGUCUAAAGCCAUUAGCACAUGCAGAAUGCAGGCACCCUAUAUAUAGAAAUGAGCAAACCAGUGAUAUUUUAGGGAGCAGGCUAGCAGGCGGUGCCCACGACUUACAUCAUAGGAGCCUACACAACACAAAACACUGUUGCCGUAUGUAGGUUUUAUUUUAUUUGUUUUUUAUCUUAUAUUUUGGAAAUGUACAUCCAGGUUUUUUUCCCCUUUAAAUUUUUUGGGGGGCCCCAAGAGAGUAGGGCCCUAAGCUAUAGCUUGUUUAGCUUAUACAUCAUGGGUAAGCAAACUAAGGCCCGGGGGCUGGAUCCAGCCCAAUCGUCUUCUAAAUCUGGCCCGCGGACAGCAUGUUUUUACAUGAGUAGAAUGUGUCCUUUUAUUUAAAAUGCAUGUCUGGGUUAUUUGUGGGGCCUGCCUGGUGUUUUUACAUGAGUAGAAUGUGUGCUUUUAUUUCAAAUGCAUCUCUGGGUUAUUUGUGUUGUUGUUGUUGUUUAGUCGUUUAGUCGCUUCCGACUCUUUGUGACCCCAUGGACCAGAGCACGCCAGGCACUCCUGUCUUCCACUGCCUCCCGCAGUUUGGUCAAACACAUGCUGGUAGCUUCGAGAACACUGUCCAACCAUCUCGUCCUCUGUCGUCCCCUUCUCCUUGUGCCCUCCAUCUUUCCCAUCAGGAUCUUUUCCAGGGAGUCUUCUCUUCUCAUGAGGUGGCCAAAGUGUCAAAUGGGCCUUAGAAAGCACUGCUAAUAACAAGGCCAGUGGAAGUGAGGAUAUUCCAGCUGAACUAUUUAAAAUUUUUUAAGAUGAUUGCUGUUAAGGUGCUACACUCAAUAUGCCAGCAAGUGUAGAAAACUCAGCAGUGGCCAGAGGACUGGAGAAGAUCAGUCUACAUCCCAAUGCCAAAGAAGGGCAAUGCCAAAGAGCGCUCCAACUACCGCACAAUUGUACUCAUUUCACACGCUAGCAAGGUUAUGGUUAAAAUUCUACAAGGCAGGCUUAAGCAGUAUGUGGACCGAGAACUCCCAGAAGUGCAAGCUGGAUUUCGAAGGGGUUAUUUGUUGUUGUUGUUUAGUCAUUUAGUUGUGUCCGACUCUUCGUGACCCCAUGGACCAGAGCACGCCAGGCACUCCUGUCUUCCACUGCCUCCCGCAGUUUGGUCAAACUCAUGCUGGUAGCUUCAGGAACACUAUCCAACCAUCUCAUCCUCUGUCGUCCCCUUCUCCUUGUGCCCUCCAUCUUUCCCAACAUCAGGGUCUUUUCCAGGGAGUCUUCUUUUCUCAUGACGUGGCCAAAGUAUUGGAGUCUCAGCUUCAGGAUCUGUCCUUCCAGUGAGCACUCAGCGCUGAUUUCCUUCAGAAUGGAGAGGUAUGAUCUACUUGCAGUCCAUGGGACUCUCAAGAGUCUCCUCCAACACCACAAUUCAAAAGCCUGAGGCAGAAGCUAUUAAAAGGCCCUCGUUGCCUUCGGCCUCUAGGGAGCAGCGGGCGGAGACGAUCUCGCGGUGCGGAGGGAGAAGCAGCCGAGGCACCAAAAUAGGAGCUGCUGCUGCUGCUGGUGGUGGUGCUUCUGCUGCUGCCGCGCAGGCCAUCUGCUCGCGGGCAGCUUGGCAAGCAGCGCCUCUUCUUCCCAAAGAUGGUCAAAGAAAGGGUCGCGCCGGGUGCCGCUGCCUGAGGAAAGCGCCGCCGCCUUUGCUUUCCCCCAAAAGAGCCGCGGCCAAUACUUCUGACCCGCGCAUACUCGCGGGAGAAUUGCAACCGGUCGCCCGGGGGCGCAGCAGCCUGCGCGCAGCGAGCCCAUUUUUUUGCAGGUCCCCCUCGGGCGGCGUCGGUCAGAAGAGAGGACGAGGCAGCAGCCAGAGGCGAGCUGGCGGGGUCUCUCCUCCAGCAACCCCAAUGAUGACAGGGCGCGCCCCCCCUCCAUGAGCGCACAAGGGCCAUCCCGAGGGGAGCGUCCGCGCGCAGCAGCCUGAGGCGAUAGACGCGCGCGGCGAGGGGGCCGCCUUUUGUCUCGCGCUUUUUUCCCCUUCUUCUUAAUUUCGGGAAGCGGGCGCGCGCCUCCCCUCCUCCGCGCUCGCGCCGCCGCCGAGGUUGCGCGUGGAGAGCAGGUGGGUCUUCGCGCCGCGCGCCGCUGCGUGUUUGUUUGUGUGGGGCGCGGUGUCUCUGUCACGAUACACGCGCGAGCGAGAGGGGUGUCUGUUUGGGUCGCGCUCUCGGCCUUUGGGAAAUGUCUGGAGAGGCAGGCGACCACCUUCGCUCUCCCCAAAGCGAGCCCCCCCAGCCCGUUUCCUAUCGGGGGCGUUUUUUCCUCCUAGUCGUCUUCCCGAGCGCGCAGAACGAAACGCGGCAGACGCGUGACUUCGAAUUGGCUCCCUUUUGUCUCGCUGCCGGUGCAGGACAAACUGCUGGCUUUUGUCUGCAGGCGCCGGUUUCGGAUUUAGGUAUAAGCUAAACAAGCUAUAGUUUAGGGCCCCACUCUCUUGGGGGCUCCCCCCCAAAUUUUGAGUCUGUAAAUUGUGUUUCUAAAAUUGUUAUUUCCAAAUGCCAGUGCGUUUGCAUUAUUUUGUUAUGAGUAAAAAAUCAUUUUAAGUUAGAGCUUAAUUAUUUCAAUAUUAAUAUACUUCUUAAUUGUGUUUCACUAUUAAUAUACUUAAUAAUAAUAAUUUAUUAUUUAUACCCCAUCCAUCUGGCUGGGUUUCCCCAGCUACUCUGGGUGGCUUCCAACCAAAUAUUAAAAUACAGUAAUACAUCAAGCAUUAAAAGCUUCUCUAAACAGGGCUGCCUUCAGAUGUCUUGAUAAAAUGAUAAAAAAUCAUUUUAAGUUAAAGCUUAAUAAUUAUUUCACUAUUAAUAUACUUCUUGUGUUUCACUAUUAAUAUACCGUAUUUUUCGCCCCAUAGGACGCACCGCCCCAUAGGACGCACCUAGUUUUUUUGGGGGGGGGAAAUAAAGAAAAAAAAAUUAUUUCCCCCCCCCCAGGCACAGGGCUGGCGCGGGGGAAGCCCGAGCUUCCCCAGCCCCCAGAACAGCCUGCUAUCCGCAAGCCUAGGGCUGCCUUCAGAUGUCUUCUAAAAGUUUGGUAGUUGUUGUUCUCUUUGACAUCUGGCGGGAGGGCGUUCCACAGGACGGGUGCCACUACCAAGAAGGCCUUCUGCCUGGUUCCCUGCAACAUAAUUGUAUUUUACUAUUAAUAUACUUCUUAAUUGUAUUUCAGUUCAACAAUGACUUUGAUAAAAUGCAUAUUUUGUUAUGUGCAAAUGGCUUUAGAUACCUAUUAGGUCCGUAAAUUACCAUAUAGCAUAUAUUCAACACAAAAAAACAGCGACAAUUUGUUGUUGACAAAGGACAGCUGGACAUGUAAAGGGCCCCGUUACCUUCAGUAGCUUACGGCCUCAUCAAAUCUAAAUCUGGCCCUGGCAGGCACUGUGUUUUUGAACGCGUGCAUAACAGCAGGAGCCCAGACUUUCCUGCGCUCUCGUGUGCGGUGCUGCGUCCCGUGAUCCUAAAGAAGAGAAGUUGCAAUCCCACUUAAUAGGGGAAGAAGCACCAUUGAAUCCAGUAGGUUACACAUAAAAGGUUCCGAGGGUGCUGUAAAGUUGCAUUGUACAAAUGUGACAGUAGAUGGUGACGGUGAGCGAUGGAAAAUUCAAUAUAUGUUUUUCAAAACUUUUUAUUUAUUUUUUUAAAAAGCAUUUAAUAAUUUUAAUAAUUUAUUAUUUAUACCCCGCCCAUCUGGCUGGGUCUCCCCAGCCACUCUGGGCAGUUCCCAAUAGAAUAUUAAAAACACCAUCAAACAUUAAAUACUUGCCUUCAGAUAGAAUAAGAAUAAAUAAGAAUUUUCACAACGCUUUUUAUACGUGUCUCGGUUCCACCUAGGACUUAAUUCCAAGUAAACCUGUUUAAUGUUGCGCUGUAAGUCCCAUUACAUUAAACGGGAGUCACUCCCUACUAGUCGUGCAAUCCUACGACGCAUGUCCACUCAGAAGUAAACCCCAUUGUGUUGCAUGGGUUUUACUCCCGGAUAAGUGUGUUUAGGAUUGCACUGAUUCAUGUUUCAUAUGCUUAAAAAAUAAAUAAAUCACUGAUUGGUCAUUGAACCGAAUUCAAGUUUUUGGAAAGUGUGAAGUCAGAAUUUUAUUUUAUUUCUAUGUUAACCAUCCCAUCUGGUGCCUGUUAAUUGAGAGAUGUAUUGCUAUAUAAGUAUAUACAGUAUAUAUUCUUUCUUUCAAGAGAAAUAGAGCACUGUCUGAGGUCAUUUGAUGCUGUUCCAUUGUUAAAAACAAACAAGAUGGUUAGUGCCUGGUCAGGAGCCAGAUAUAUCCUACUUUGAUUUUUUCUUAAUGUAUAUAAAUUAUUAAAAAUAAAAUAGUUUUAAUCCAGACUGGUGGAGUUAUCUGUUGAAAUCCAUGGGAGAGAUGGGAGGGGGCAAGGUAAGGAUAAGGAGCUUGUUUACGAUUCGGGAGAGUACAAAAGUUACAUAAUCAGAGUGAUUUAACAUGAUUAAUUAUUUCAGCAGCAGCAUGCUUGCCAGAGCUGAUGAGACCAGGGUGACUGGUUCUAGUACAGUGGUGCCUCGCAAGACGAAAUUAAUCCGUUCCGCGAGUCUCUUCGUCUAGCGGUUUUUUCGUCUUGCGAAGCAACCCGAUUAGCGGAUUAGCGCUAUUAGCGGUUUAGCGGCUCUUAAAGGCUUAGCGGCUAAAGGGCUAUUAGCGGCUUAGCGGCUUAGAAAAAGGGGGGGGGAGCGAAAAAAAUCUCAAGACUCGCAAGACAUUUUCGUCUUGCGAAGCAAGCCCAUAGGGAAAUUCGUCCUGCGAAGCGCAUCGAAAAACGGAAAACCCUUUCGUCUAGCGGGUUUUUCGUCUUGCGAGGCAUUCGUCUUGUGGGGCACCACUGUACUUGCAUAUACAGUGGUACCUCGGGUUAAGAACUUAAUUCGUUCUGGAGGGCCUUUCUUAACCUGAAACUGUUCUUAACCUAGGACACCACUUUAGCUAAUGGGGCCUCCUGCUGCCGCCGCACGAUUUCUGUUCUCAUCCUGAAGCAAAGUUCUUAACCCGAGGUACUAUUUCUGGGUUAGCGGAGUCUGUAACCUGAAGCGUAUGUAACCUGAAGCAUCUGCAACCCAAGGUACCACUGUACAACUUCCGUUGAAUCAGGAGGGCCUUAAAAUGAUAUUUCCAGGGAAAUAUUUAUUUUAAAGUUUCUUUUCCUCAAGUAUAUUCUGUCUGCAGUCUUAUACUUUAACCUUCAGGUGGGUAUACACCUUUAUCUAAAAUAUGGCAAGACAUUGAGAUGAUGUCCAAAUAAGGCAAUUUAUACUGGAACUAGAUAAAGAAGAAGAUUAUGAGGCCAUUCUUCCAUAAGUGUGCAUUUACUUAUUUACACCUCAUUUACUUGUUGAUACCUAACACUAGACUUAGCUCUUUGUAUUUCACACCUUAUGGACUCUACCAUAUUGUGGGAGCCGGAUCUGGAUUUUCUUAUACCUUCUCCUUUUUGGGGUACUCCUGGUAUGAGAAAAUCUGGAUUGAAGGAGAAGUGUGGGAGGACAGUGCUUUGGAGGAGAGCAUCAUAGAGCAUCACAGAGAAUUAAUGGAGAUACAGGAAGCUUAAUGUCUCCAUUAAACAACAGUAUGGAUGAGCCCAGAAUGAAUACAGUGGUACCUCGGUUUGCGAACGUCUCAGAAGUUAAAUGUUUUGAACACCGAAAACCUGGAAGUAAAUGAUUCCUUUUUCGAAUGCGCCUCAGACAUCGAACGGCUUCCACUUAGUUUUCAUUUUUCUCUACAGUGGUACCUCAGGUUACAUACGCUUCAGGUUACAGACUCCGCUAACCCAGAAAUAGUGCUUCAGGUUAAGAACUUUGCUUCAGGAUGAGAACAGAAAUCGUGUUCCAGUGGCGCGGCGGCAGCGGGAGGCCCCAUUAGCUAAAGUGGUGCUUCAGGUUAAGAACAGUUACAGGUUAAGAACGGACCUCUGGAACGAAUUAAGUACUUAACCUGAGGUACCACUGUAUUAAAUUUGCAGGCCGCCCUUUGCACCUUGGUUUUUGAAUGUUUCGGAUGGUCUUCCAGAACAGAUUAUGUUCAAAAACUGAGGUGCCACUGUAUAUUAAUUCCGUAGGGCUUACUUCUGAGUAAGCACGCUCUACUAUCUUCAUUUCUUUACCAUUUCUUGACAUUUUAUUGCAGUGAUGGCAUUGACUGAGCAGGAGGAAUAUACCUAUAUAUACAGAGACAGCUCUCAUCCUGUGGAGUUCUUGGAUGCAUUCAGAACAUUCUACCUUGAAGGUGUAUUCACUGAUAUUGCCCUUCAAUGUGCAUCAGGUGUGGUUUUCCAUUGCCAUAAAGCUGUGCUAGCUGCUUGCAGCAACUAUUUCAAGGCCAUGUUCACCUCUGACAUGAAAGAGAAGAUUAAGAACCAAGUCAAACUUUCUGGACUCAGUCCCACAAUACUGGAAUCCCUGGUGAUUUACGCUUACACGUCAGAGAUUCAAAUAACAAAGAGAAAUGUCCAAAGCCUGCUCCAAGCAGCAGACCUCCUUCAGUUUGCCUCGGUGAAAAAAGCCUGUGAGCGGUUUCUGAUACGGCACUUGGAUGUCGACAACUGCCUAGGAAUGCACUCCUUUGCAGAAUACCACGUCUGCUCAGAGCUGGAGAAGGAAUCUAGAAGGAUAUUGUUAUCGAGAUUUGAUGAGGUGUGGGCGCAGGAAGAAUUUUUGGAAAUCAGCAGCGAGAAGCUCCAGUUUAUUCUCUCCAGAAAGAACCUCGGCCUUUGGAAAGAGGGGGCAGCCGUGGAACCCAUUGUUAAGUGGAUAGCCUACGACGUGGAAAAGAGAAGCGAGUGCAUUUAUGAUCUGCUGAGCUGCCUCGAAGCAGAUUUAGAUGAAAUGUAUCUGAGGUCAGCUUUAAGUUUGCACAAGAAAAGCCGGCUGAACGAAAACAAGAUCCGCUCUCUAAUACACAACGCGCUACGCCCCAACCCAAAAGCAAUUCCUACGAGGUCUACGGCUGUUAUGUACGUGAUUGGAGGGUACUACUGGCAUCCUUUAUCUGAGGUGCAUGCAUGGGAUCCAGUCGCCAAUGUCUGGAUCCAGGGAGCUGACAUGCCGGACCACGCGAGGGAAAGUUAUGCAGUUGCUAGUCUGGGGCCCAACAUUUAUGUGACAGGCGGCUAUAGAACAGACAAUAUAGAAUCCCUCGAUGUCAUGUGGAUAUACAACUGUGAAGCCGAUGAAUGGGUUGAAGGCUGCCCGAUGCUUAACGCAAGGUACUACCACUGCGCAGUUACCUUGAGCGGCUGCAUCUACGCUUUAGGGGGUUACAGAAAAGGGGCUCCAGCUGAAGAAGCAGAAUUCUAUGACCCUUUAAAAAAGAUAUGGGUCCCUAUUGCAAACAUGAUUAAAGGUAAGUGGAAUAUUGCAUGCUUAUUUGCAUUUUCGCAUGUGUCUUUUAAAAAUGAAUGAAUAUUUUUUCCCCUCUCCCCUAGGAUACACAAUUUAUUUUUUGUUCAAGCUUUUAAAAGACAGCCUGAUCAGCCUUCUGCCCAUGAAAAGAAAUGUGUGAGAUGCAAUUGCUUGAGUGAAGAAACAUUGUCAGCUGCAUUUUUCACUUAGAAUUUAUGUUUGACUAUUACAACGGAAUUUCUGCUCCAUCGCAAUCUUACAAUAAGUUUGUUCUGGUAUAAGUUUUCGGGUGCAUGCACACUUCUUCAGAUACAUGCAUGCACACGAAAGCUUAUACCAGAACAAACUUAGUUGGUCUAUAAGGUGCUACUGGACAAUUUUUCAUUUCUACUGCGUCAGACCAACACGGCUACCUACCUGAAUCUACAAUCUAUCACUGUAGCUUAAGCUUCAAGUGCAUUCAUUGUUCUUAUUAGCUGUUCAUAACUCGUUAUCAGGAGCACAUUUCUCUUAAUGCUUUGGAUAUUAUUGUCUUCUGUUAAAUCAUUUGAAGUUCUUGUGUUGCCUUCCUCAACAAAUUUCAAAUGAAAAUAUACAAACUUGUGCAUUCUCACUUACAAGCUUGAUCAGCAGAAUAUAUUGCCAUACCUACCUUGUUUCUUCUUAAGCAUUGAAAAAACUAGCCCUGUGACCAAAUGCAGAUAUAUAAUUAUUGGAAAAGCUUCAAGAUGAACCAGAAAAAGCCUUUAGUGUAUAAUUUAUUAUGAAAUCAUUUAAAAUAUUGAAUUUCAAGUUCUGUAUUUCUAUACCAUUACACCAUUGCUAAUGUAUUAGUUGUACUAAUAACUUGAUGGUGAAUGUUACUCCGUUUUAAAGCUUUUUAGCAAUUUCAGUUUUUAUUAAUUAGGGGUUGGGAAUGCCACAGCCUGUGUCUUGAAUGAGGUUAUCUAUGUCACUGGAGGUCACUACGGUUAUCGGGGAAGCUGCACUUACGACAAAGUUCAAAGUUACCACUCUAAUAUUAAUGAAUGGAAUGUCAUCACCACCAGUCCGUAUCCAGGUAAGCUUUACUUCCGCUCGGUGGUUUGAAUAAUUGCCUUCCAAAAGCAGCAGUUUGCCUGUUUUUCGUCCAAGAAAAGAAAUAUCUGCAGCUGCUCUGCUGAUUUGCACCCACACGUUAACAUUCAAAAGCUCACAGCCGGCUAGCAAUACUUGGGCAUUAACAGGCAUUGUUGAGUAACCCACUUCCUUGCAGGGAGCCCACUGCUGACUCACAGAACCUGCUACUCCCCUGUUCAGUUUUUCCCCAGUGCUUUUGUAUUAUGGCCCCCAAACUCUGCUCCUGCUGUACUUCUACCAUUUAGGGAUUUUAGAUUUGGAAGGUGUGGGAAUGUUCAGGGAGGCAGGAGAGGAUAUAUUGUUUAGUAAUAAUAUCCUUCCUAACUUGCGCUAGCAAGUUCUAUAAUUUAGCAGAGUUUUAACAUUCCCCUUUAAACGCACAGCGGGUAGCUGGUUGCAAGCUUGUUUAAGCUUCUCACCAUAGAUUUCUGGUAAGAUCCCUUCCUUCUCCAUCUUCCUUUCGUUGCGUGAGCUGCCGUGACUGUCAGUCUGCAGUCACUGGGGUGAACCCCCCAUAUGGGGUAGAUCCACAUGUAUAUAUACCUUUGUAACUAGGUCUGCCUUCAGGGAUCUGACUGUGAAGUGAUGAUGUGAAUAAAAUACUUUUAUAUAUCUUAAACAAGAUUGUGGCGUGUUUAUUCUUUUAAGAGGGAAAUAAGGGAUCUUACCAGGAAUCUAUACAGUGGUACCUCUGGUUACGUACUUAAUUCGUUCCGGAGGUCCAUUCUUAACCUGAAACGGUUCUUAACAUGAAGCACCACUUUAGCUAAUGGGGCCUCCCGCUGCUGCCGCACCGCCACUGCGCGAUUUCUGUUCUCAUCCUGAAGCAAAGUUCCUAACCCGAGGUACUAUUUCUGGGUUAGCGGAGUCUGUAACCUGAAGCGUAUGUAAUCUGAAGCAUAUGUAAUCCGAGGUACCACUGUACUGAGAAGCUUAAACAAGCUUGCAACCAGCUACCCGCAAUGCGUUUAAAGGGGAAUGUUAAAACUCUGCUAAAUUAUAGAACUUGCUAGGGCAAGUUAAGGUAAAGGUAAAGGGACCCCUGACCAUUAGGUCCAGUUGUGGCUGACUCUGGGGUUGCGGCGCUCAUCUUGCUUUAUUGGCCGAGAGAGCCGGCGUACAGCUUCCGGGUCAUGCGGCCAGCAUGACUAAGCCGCUUCUGGCGAACCAGAACAGCGCACGGAAACACCGUUUACCUUCCCGCCGGAGUGGUACCUAUUUAUCUACUUGCACUUUGAGGUGCUUUCGGACUGCUAGGUUGGCAGGAGCAGGGACCGAGCAACGGGAGCUCACGCCGUCGUGGGGAUUCGAACCGCUGACCUUCUGAUCGGCAAGCCCUAGGCUCUGUGGUUUAACCCACAGUGCCACCCGCGUCCCUUCAGCGCAAGUUAGGAAGGAUAUUAAUAAACAAUAUAUCCUCUCUUGCCUCCCUGAACAUUCCCACAGAAGGGACCCUGUGGACCAUCUAGUCCAGCCCCCUGCAAUGCAGGUAUACAGUAUGCAGCUGUUCCAUACGGGGACCGAACCUGCAACCUUGGCAUUAUCAGCGCCACACUCUAACCAACUGAGCAAUCCUGCUGCCUGCCCUUUUUCUUCCUUUUCUUCAAAUGCUUAUUCAGUGUUUUCCGGCACUCUCUGUUUUACCUGUAGAAUAUGGGCUGUGUUCCAUUGCACUGGAGAACAAACUGUACCUUGUGGGUGGACAAUCGACGGUGACGGAUUGCUAUGACCCAGAGCAGAAUGUGUGGAAACAGAAGGCUGAUAUGGUAGAAAGAAGGAUGGAGUGCGGUGCUGUCGUCAUGAAUGGAUGCAUCUAUGUGACGGGAGGCUAUUCCUCUUCCAAAGGGUCGUAUUUGCAGAACAUUGAGAAGUACGAUCCUGAAUGCGAUACAUGGGAAAUUGUGGGGAACCUCCCCAGUUCUAUGCGCUCGCAUGGCUGUGUCUGCCUGUACAGUGUGCUAGAGGUUGAAAAUGCCACUUACGGGACAAGGAACUAAUAAUAUAAGGGAGCCCAAAACUAGAGGAAGGUGACCCACCACCUAAUGAUGGGACUUAGCCUAUGGUAUUCAGUCACUAUGGAACACUACUCCGUUUGGCUUUUAUUGACACUAAGCCUAGUGCAUCAACUCCAGUUAAGCUCCAGCAUUGUUGAUACAAGGGCUACCACUUCUUUUGUUACUACUGUUCUCUGCCCUACAAGCAAUGUGAAUGUUUGGUUGCUGCCAGAUCUGAUUAACUGUUGGGGGGUUAGGGCAGGCAUAGGCAAACUCCGGCCCUCCAGGUGUUUGGGACUACAGUUCUCAUCAUCCCUAGCUAACAGGACCAGUGGUCAGGGAUGAUGGCAAUUGUAGUCCCAAACAUCUGGAGGGCCGGAGUUUGCCUAUGCCUGGGUUAGGGUUUUAUAUUUCUAAAGGGAGGAUAAACAUUGGUUUUUGUAUGUGUGUGAACCAAGUUAUUUUUUGCACAAUAUAAGGUCUUAAAGCCCAUGUUAAACAGGGAUGAGGAGGAGUCUGUGACUUUCCAUAUACUGCUAAACUCCAAGUCUCAUCCGUCCCAACCAGCGUGACUAAUGGUCAUGGGUUCUCCAUCUCUGGUAUAACAUCUCCAUUUUAUCUCAGGAUCAUAGCAAGCUGCAGACUUGGGCUUCUCAUAAUACCCAGCACAACCCCCCCCCCCCCCCUUUUCCACUCUGCCCUUGACAUUUGGAAAGUUGUUUGGCUUUACAUACAAGCUCUGUAAGGGUUAGGGUGAACUCAGCAGGUUGGUCACUAUUUUGUGAUAUUUUUAAUCGGCCCUGAAAUAGUUAUUGUGCUACUGUUGCUUUUGGAUUUUUAUCCGAGAGACCGACACCACUGCCUACAAUUUAUGUCUAAUCAAUAGGUGGCAUCUACGCUAUAGGUUGACCUCCUUUAUUAAUUUUAUGUUACUACUGUGUUGCCGUUGUGUAUGAAUGGUACAAUAUCUGUCAAAAUAAAAUAUAGGUGGGGUGUGUGGAAAUGAGCACAACUCCCUAAUUUUAGGGUCAUAUGAGGUUAGGCAGUGGUACUUUCUUGGUUCUGACUGGGCAGAAGACCUCGCUUUCUGUAUAUUACCUAACUGCCUACCCUAUAAAUUUGAACAAUGUGCUUUUCAAAUGCAUUUUGGACUAGAAAUGUAUCGUUUAUCUUUCAUAGUUGUAAAACUACUUUUGCAUAUCGUGUUUGUGUUUCAGAAUGACGACCUAAAAAUGACUUUUUGAAAAUGUAAACAAUUGAAUUUGUGGUCUAGGCCACUGACGAUAACCAGCUGCUUAUAAAACAUUGCCUCCUUUUCUUGGCUUACAUAGCACCAAAUACUAAGCCAAACUAUGCCUUACCGUGAACAAGCAAGUGUGCAACUAGAAAGUCUGGGCCACUUCACUCCUACCCUGGUCCUGCAGCUACCAUGCUACAGACACCUAUACCAUGGUUUGACUUAGCAUUACAUGUAAACCUGAGUUCAUGAUUUGUCUUCCCUGAUAAGUCAAGCACAAACCUUGGUGACAGCUCACUGCGGAGCUUUGAGCAAGACAAAGCAUGUGCCCAGGUUGGCACAUAAUGCUAAUGGAUUGGUUCCUGGCAGCAUGGCAACCACGGGAAUGGAGAGGGUGAGGAGCAAAGCAGUCACAAGAACUUUAAGAAUUACUAUUUGGAUUUUAGUCCAAAAGUACCAGCACUGUAAUAUCACUUCAGUACUUUUCUUAUUUCCAAAAAAGUUGCUUCACCAGCACAAUGAUAGCAAAUACUAAGAAAAGGAACCCACCUGUAACAGUUUCAGGAUGACAAUGCAGGAGACAUCAGCAUAAAUGUUUACAAACUGCGAUUGCCACUGUUCCAGUCACGACUUCAGAGUUAUUACUAAACAUUAUUAUUUAUGGAAGCGGAAAAGGAUUAGAAUGUAGAGCUUUCAGGUUCUCGUUACAAUUGUAUUUAUUGUUGUUGUUUAUAUUUAAUUUAUAUUUAAUUCACAUUAAGUAUGUUGUGCAUUUGAUAAAAAUUUGUAAAGUGUGAUUUACUUUUAGGAGUAAACAAAAUGCUGCACUGUUUUCUAAAUUGUAAAGAAUACACUACUUGAAACCCUUUUUCAAGAUGUGCUCAUUAACUUUGGGGGAAAAUAAAAGACUAAUCUAGUAUCUUAUACCACUGAAAACACAGGCAACCUCAACUUUUGCAGGGUUUGCAUUUUGGGUCAUCGCUCGCUUCCGUGAAAUCGUGUGCAAUUGAAAAAGCCUGCAAACACCCCAUUACCUCGGGUUAAGAACUUAAUUCGUUCUGGAGGUCUGUUCUUAACCUGAAACUGUUCUUAACCUGAAGCACCACUUUAGCUAAUGAGGCCGCUGCGCCACCACUGCACGAUUUCUGUUCUCAUCCUGAAGCAAAGUUCUUAACCCAAGGUUCUAUUUCUGGGUUAGCGGAGUCUGUAACCUGAAGCGUCUGUAACCUGAAGCGUAUGUAACCCGAGGUACCACUGUAUUCCACCCCUGUCCACCCUGGGUCACUUCAGGGUUUGGUGAUGUGCGCAUGUACACGAUUGCUCACAUACAGUAUUGGUAGUGCCUAAAAUGGGAGUUGCCUCUGGAAAUGUGUUUAGGACCAAGAGGGAAGAAUACCGUUUCCUUGAAGUAACCUCAGCCAUUUUUUCUCAACCAUGCCAACAGGCUUUCAAGAAGCGAUCAAAUAAAUAAUUAUAUCAUUGGUUACAGUCUGGGGGGGAUGGGGUGGGGUAUACUUACGCAAUACAUCAAUAGUACACCAUUGUGCCUUUUGUACGUUCAGGUCCCAAUGCAUUAGAAAUAUACCCCAUUUCUCAGUGAAUGUUAUCCGACUGUAGUUAAGUAUGUUAAUUUAAUCAAAAAUACAGUACACCAAAUCCCCAAUAACCAAUCUGAUAUUAAUGGAAACGUUUUGAUUUUUCCUGUUUAUGGAAAAUUCUAUGGAAGUUCACACUGCUUUGAAGACUUCAAUCCCGUUUGACUGACCUGAGCAAGGGGAUAAUAACCCGCAGCUGAAAAGCAGGACAGUGGUUGUGCUUAAUCAUCACAGGUCAAAUGAGAUAUGUUAUGCCCAAAUCUGUACCCGAUUGCCAAACAGGUGAGUGCUGCAGCUUAUGAUCAAUCAAUAAUCAGAGAUGUGUACUUCAUAAAUGCUCAGAGAGGUGCUUUAUUUACUUUUUUAUUGAUUACCUAGCUUCCAAUGUGGGCUGCGAGGCUGUCGUCACUUACUUCCCGCUUUAACAAAAUCGAUAGUUUAGCUAUGCUAUGCUAAAAAACAAACGAGGCUGGCUUUACCCUAAAAAUUUUUUUUGCUGUCAGAAAUUUCUUCCUGAUGUUUAGCCAUAGAAUCGCACGCAAGACGAUCAUAUUAGGAGCUGCACGGUGCGCGCCCGCUUCCUGCUCCUUUGCAACCCAUCCUGACAACCCGCUGCUCGCUGGGCACCUUCCGAGGAUCCGGAUUCAGGAGGCGGGCGCCGCGGAAGCCCAGCCCUCGUGGGCCGGGCCGGGGAAAGGGGUGCGGCCAGCGCCGCACAGGCUGCUGGGCUGGCCGGCGAGAGGAGGACGGGAGCGCGUAAAGGCGCACGGAGAAGCGGCGCCGGCGGCCUACGCGAUCUAGAGAAGGAGAGGCCGGGGUUUGCCUUGGGCGAAGGUUGGUUCGUUUCCGCGGGCGCGCAAUCCUGGCUCCGGGGCUUUUGGGGAGCGCCUGCGUUGCGCGCGGCUGCCCGGAGCUCGUUCCAGGCUUGGGUGGUCGUCCCCACGUGCGUCGCGGGUGGGCUCCCCGGGUGGGAUUUCGGGCUUCGCCGCACCGGAUGGGCAGGUGGGUGGGGAGCGAGGAGGGUCGGCUUGCUUGCGCGCCUCCGCCGGCGACGGGUUCCCACGACGAGGCCUGCUCUUUCCCCCCAGCCCGGGGAAGGAGCCGAGCUACAAACAGGGCCCGUGUGCGCGCAGCAGAAGGACAUGCUGGAGGUUCAAAGCCCAGGAGAGUUGAGAUUUCUUUCCCCGGGGCGCUUGCUCGAUGUAACGCUCUCCAGACUUGACCUACACGUGUAGGUCAAACCCCGGAAUGCGGUGGUCGUGGGGUCUCUUUGGGGAGCACGGAUGCGCCGCUUGGCGUGAUGGGGGGAGUAAUCCGUCUCUUUCCCCGCUUUAAGGCUUCCCACGCGUGUUUUUUCUUGGCUUUGCUUUUAACGCACGUGAAGGCGGAGCGGGGAACUUCUCGGAACGCGCAGGCGACGUGUUCAGGGGAGAAACUUGCAUUUUAAAUGCCCAGGGAGCUUUUUCCUAUUGGAGGUGGCCGGCGAGGAAGAGCACCACGCAGCGCUCUUGUGCGCGCAGGUUUGGACCACGUGGAGGAUGGUUUGAUUGGCAGCUAGGAGUCCUUUACUGCAAAUGCUCAAGGAGGUGUGGCAAAGGCUCGACUUUCCGAUCCUUCGGGUUUUUGUUUUGCUUCCCUUUCUCACAUGAGUAAUACACAAGAGAAGAGUUCUCUAUUUUUUGGUAGUAUCUCAUUUGGCAAAAGUGAGGCCAGGCUGAUAUCAGCCAUGCGGCGUGACUUCUUGGAAUCGGUGGCCGGUAUCUAGAACUAGUGGCGCUCUUUAAUCUCUUUAGUGUUUCUCAAACUUGGAUCUCCAGCUGUUGUUGGACUACAACUCCCAUCAUACCAAGCUAGCAGGACCAAGUGGUCAGGGAUGAUGGGAGUUGUAGUCCAACAACCACUGGGGACCCCAGUUUAAGGUAAGGGUCCAGCAGCGCAGUUUAGUAGGACUGGGCAAUAAAUCGCCAUACCAUUGAGUACCGCUACUGAAAUAACAUUGUGAUGAAUGUUUGAACAAGGCAAUAUACCUGUGAACAAAAGGUGGACACUUGACAGCUUCCCAGGGGGUAGCUCUGCUGAACAGAAUACUUUGCAGAUAAUUUGCAGGCAUGGUGUCUUCAGCUAUGUUUGCAAUUUCCUUCAUCUCUCCUAACUGCUAAGAAAUGUUUCCACUUAAAGGUAAAGGGACCCCUGACCAUUAGGUACAGUUGUGGCCGACUCUGGGGUUGCGGCGCUCAUCUCGCUUUAUUGGCCGAGGGAGCCAGCGUACAGCUUCCAGGUCAUGUGGCCAGCAUGGCUAAGCCACUUCUGGCGAACCAGAGCAGCGCAUGGAAACGCCAUUUACCUUCCCGCUGGAGCGGUACUUAUUUAUCUACUUGCACUUUGAGGUGCUUUCGAACUGCUAGGUUGGUAGGAGCAGGGACCGAGCAACGGGAGCUCACCCCGUCGCGGGGAUUCGAACCGCCGACCUGAGGCAAGUCCUAGGCUCUGUGGUUUAACCCACAGCACCACCCAUGUCGUUGGGACGCGGGUGGCGCUGUGGGUAAAACCUCAGUGCCUAGGACUUGCCGAUCGUAUGGUCGGCGGUUCGAAUCCCCGCGGCGGGGUGAGCUCCCGUCUUUCGGUCCCAGCUCCUGCCCACCUAGCAGUUCGAAAGCACCUCUAAGUGCAAGUAGAUAAAUAGGUACCGCUUUCUAGCGGGAAGGUAAACGGUGUUUCAGUGUGCUGCGCUGGUGCUGGCUCGCCAGAGCAGCUUUGUCACGCUGGCCACGUGACCUGGAAGUGUCUCUGGACAGCGCUGGCCCCCGGCCUCUUGAGCGAGAUGAGCGCGCAACCCUAGAGUCGGUCACGACUGGCCCGUACGGGCAGGGGUACCUUUACCUUUACCUUACCACCCAUGUCACUUAGUGUGCCACUUAGAGCACAGCAAUACAAUACAAUACAAUACAGGAGGGACACCCCCCCCCCCCCACAGCUAGACAAAGAGGCAAAGUAAACAAAGAACUGGAAAACAUUUCUUCCUUCACCCCUGAAAAAAAGAGGAGGAAGAGUUUUUAUUUUCAUUUUCUGGUGGUGUUUAUGUUGUUGGUUCUCCCUAAAUAGCUUUCCUCCAUAUCAGAAAGGAAGGGUUUGUUGUUUAAAGGAGACGAUCUUUUUGCUUACUUGCCCUCCCUCCCUUUGAUUAAAAAUGGAGAGAUUGGUGGGAUCUGGGGUGGAGGGGGAAAGAUAUAGCUGGCUGCCUAAUGCUGAAAUGGGAGGCUGGGUACCAUGUGAGAAUGAUGGGGAGGGUAUAGAGACUAAUACAAAUUAUCAGAAACAGGAACAGAGUUUUUUUAACAAGCCAAUAUUACUGAUCAGUGACUACAGUAUCAUAUGAGCACUGGUCCAGAGCGUAUUUUCUACAGCGUUUGUAUUUCCUUACAUGUAAGAUUGGCUCGUUAAGAAAUUGAACUGCAUCCUUCUCGUAUUAAUUCUUACAAGUCUGGCUGAUGAAGAAUUGAUCAAGAUUGGCUGAUGAAGCAUUGAACAAAACAGAUUGGUUAUCCAGAAACUCUGUUCCGGUGCUAUUUGGUGACAGAUUAUGUAUAUAUCAACCUUUUGAAUUAUUCUGUGGCAACUGGUGAAGAAGAUUUAGAGACUUUGGCUGUAAUUUCUGAUCAUUUGUAUUAGUCUAUAAAUAGUGUUUAGUGCCAUAUCUUAACCUGCACAAUUUCAGGAACCAAAAUGCUUUCAGUGCGCAGCCUUAAGAAGAACAGUGAACAACGCUAUAGUUAAUUGUUGCAGCUUGCUUUCACUUACCAUACUUUUCCGUGUAUAAAGGUAAAAGGACCCCUGACCAUUAGGUCCAGUUGCGGACGACUCUGGGGUUGCGGUGCUCAUCUCGCUUUAUUGGCCAAGGGAGCCGGCGUAUAGCUUCCGGGUCAUGUGGCCAGCAUGACUAAGCCACUUCUGGCGAACCAGAGCAGUGCACGGAAACGCUGUUUACCUUCCCGCCGGAGUGGUACCUAUUUAUCUACUUGCACUUUGAUGUGUUUUUGAACUGCUAGGUUGGCAGGAGCAGGGACCGAGCAACAGGAGCUCACCCCAUCGCGGGGAUUCGAACUGCUGACCUUCUGAUUGGCAAGUCCUAGGCUCUGUGGUUUAACCCACAGCGCCACCCGCGUUCCUUCCGUGUAUAAGACACCCCGUAUUUUGGGUGGCUCAAAUUUAAGAAAAUGGGGGGAGAUGUUGAGCUUUUUUGCGAAGGAUUGCUCAGAGUUGUGGAGCUUUAUUGGGGUGGGGGAUUACGCUGGGUUGUUCAGCUUUUUUAAGGGGAGGUUGCCAAAAAUUGCUCACCUGCACACGUAGCAAAACCCGACUCUUGUCUGUCCCUUUGCCGGCAGAAGCUGACAAUAGCCCGCCCAAUUGGCGCAGCGUCAGCCAGUCAACACCACCCAUUGACGCAUCAACCAAUAACACUCACAAUAGCUGCUGACAGCCGCGGCAGCAACCAAUCAAACGUCCACCCUAUGCACUACCCAGGUAUAAGACAAACCCCAUUUUUUAGCAUGAUUUUUACAUAAUAAAACUUAGUCUUAUACACGCAAAAGUAUGGUACCUCACCCCGCUGCCCUCCUCAUAGUUGUGAAGGACGUUCUCAUGUUAUGAAUGAUCUGUGUCACCAUUCAGAAAAAGAAGUCAGGAUAUAUGUGGACUGUCCCUUGAUAAAGUGACUUUUCUUCUUUUAAGUUCUCAAAUUUCUUAACCCAGCUCAAGCUUGUCAGCAGAACUUGCCAGGUGUUUUAACCGAUAAUCAGUCACCACCAGUCCAUCCUUUGAAAAUAAUAAUUUAGAGUUGUCUUGCUCCAAAAUGGCAACUAGACAUUCUGUUUCGGUGACUAAUCUUGGUUAAAGGAGCUGUUUGGUGUCUAGCUUAUACACCUGCGUUUCUAACAGGGGCUCAUGGUCCUCUGCUGCCCAAAGGGCAGGGCAGGGCCGGCCCACCCGUAAGACAAGUGGAAGCGAUCACCUCAGGUGGUAGGUUCCAAGGUAGAUACCGUAAUUUUUCGCUCUAUAAGACGCACUCCCCCCCCCCCCCCCCGCAAAAAUUAAGGGGAAAUGUGUCUGCGUCUUAUGGAGCGAAUGCAGGCUCCAUGGCUUCAGCGAUAGCAACGCAAAGCCUCCGAAGCGCAGUGGGAGCGCUUCCGCCGCGCUCCGGAGGCUUCGCGUUGCUAUCGCUGAAGCCUGGAGAGCAAGAGGGGUCAGUGCGCACUGAUCCCUCUUGCUCUCUUGGCUUUGCUCCGCUGGAGAGGUGCUGCGCAGAGAGGGAGAGGAUUUUGUUUUCUUGUUCUCCCCCUCUAAAACAGGGUGCAUCCUAUAGAGCGAAAAAUAAGGUAUUUAUUGUCCCCCUUGAUCCUGAUGUCGAUCUUCACCCACUCCUACUUCCCUGGCUGGGAGGGGGACUCCAUUCUGCAGCUCGCCUCAAAUGGCAAAAUAUAUUGGGCCGGCCCUGCCAAUGGGUAACGGAUAGCGCUAUUUCUUCUUUUCAUUAGGCACUGUGGGGAGAUGCUGGGUGUCCUGAACCUGUGGCAGGAGGUGGCUCAAAUCUGAAAUGUGGGGCGUAUGUUUUUUUAGACUUGCUUGGAAAUCAAUAUACAUUUACAACAGCGUUCGAAAUUUGCCAGGUGCAUUUUGCACCCGGUCAUUGGCCACUUGCGACCAAGUGAAGAUGCCUGGGCGUCAGGAUGGCGCCUGAUGUUUCCUCCUUCUGGCCUGGGAACCCUUGGGUCUUGCCUGUUUUCACAUACUAGCAACACAUCCUGUAGAAUUCAACCUGUGAUGUUUUAUCUUCACAAUCAAGUUCAAUUUCAGGAAGGCAACUAGGCAUUUUGUUUUGGUGACUGUCAGGGUGGAUUUGAUUUAAAUCAGAUCGAUUUAAAUCACUAGUCAUUAAGACUUGAUUUAAAUCAUUUAUUUUUUUUUACAGAAAUAUUCAUUCUUGCUGGUAUAAUCUUAAUAUUUACAACCAGAUAAAGCUUUCAUUUUUGGAAUAAAAAUUUUUCAGUGUAGUUUUUACAGUUAUAUCAAAAAUUAUUGAUUUGGUUAUACUAUUAGAAAUAAAAAAGACAGGUAAUUAUGAAAUUAUUGUUUAUAUUUGGACAACUUUUCUGCUGUACUUUAUUGGAAGGAGAAAAAUAAUCAUUUCCUUAAUAAUUUAAACAAUUUAUUUAACUAACACAAUAACAUUAUAGCAUACGUAGCCAUGUUAACUGAUGUGGUUAAACAAUUAAAAAAAAACUUAGAGUUUUAAGACACUUGAAAAACUUAAAACAAAUCCUUAUUUCCUGAUGAAUAGCCUUUGGACUAUAAUGUAACUUAAAUAGAAAACGAUCUUUAGAAUUUUUUUUCGUCCAGAUGCAUUUAAAUAAAAAAAAAAUCUAAUUUAAAUUGAAAAAUUCCGUUUUUUUAAAAAAAAAUUAAAAAUCUUUGAUUUUUAUCCACCCUGGUGACUGUAAUCCCAUUUGCUGCCUAGUUUAUAUCUCUGUGUUUCUAACACAGAUUUAAAAGAAGAAUAUUCUAUAAUAAUAGAGGCAAUUGCUGGUAAAGUGGGGUCUAAGCCAUUUAAAUGAGCCCUAGUGCUUAAAUGAUUUGUAAUGCUCUGAUUACAGGUGGCGAAAAUGGCCGAAAAUGGAGACAGCGAAAACAUGUCUGACUUGGAAAGGAAGGUCUGCCAACAGAUUGAGGUACGAAUAUUGAGACUAGCAUAGCAUUAAUGCAAAACGCCCAUUAUAAACUUUGUGUAGCUGUCUUGGUUGAGUACUUAAAAUGAGGAUUCCUCACAGCUUAGAACUGUUUUAUUCCUGGUAUCAGCCUGAUGUUUUGGAAUAGGACUCGUCAUCUGCACAGCUUUGCUGGCCGAUUGCUGAUAAAGUACAAUACUUCUUAAGCUGAACAGACUUUUGUAAAAACAAAUAUUAAAAACAGGCUUGAAAAGUCAGGCAAGGAGCUAUAAAGGGUUCUGCAGCUGCAGAAAUUCUCCGUUUGUUCUGAUGACGCAUGAGACGAGACGCAGUUCAGGAGACUGAGAUGCAGUCCAGAAUUGAAUUGUCAGAACAAUUUUAAGCAUCCACAAAUUGUGACCAGUGUCACAAUUACCUUGGGGGGGGGUUAACUCAAUAAUGUAGCUUCAUCUGUGCUGAUAUUUUUCAUACAUCAAGCUUCUGGCAAGCAAUUUGUAAUACAGUGGUGCCUCGCAAGACGAAAAGAAUCCGUUCCGCGAGUCUCUUCGUCUUGCGGUUUGUCUUGCGAAGCAAGCCCAUUAGCGGUUUAGGGGAUUAGCGCUAUUAGCGGCUUAGCGGGCUUAGCGGAUCAGCUGAUAAGCGGCUUAGUGGCUUAACGGAUCAGCUGUUAAGCGGCUUAGCGGAUCAGCUGAUAAGCGGCUUAGUGGCUUAGCGGAUCAGCUGUUAAGCGGCUUAGCGGAUCAGCUGAUAAGUGACUUAGCAAUCAGCUGCUUAGCGGAUUAGCUGAUAAGCGGUUUAGUGGCUUGGGGAAAGGGGGGGGAGGAAAAAAAACCCCGCAGGAACUCGCAAUACAUUUUCGUCUUGCGAAGCAAGCCCAUAGGAAAUUCGUUUUGCGAAGCACCUCCAAAACGGAAAACCCUUUCGUCUAGCGGGUUUUCCGUCUUGCGAGGCAUUCGUCUUGUGGGGCACCACUGUAUAAAACCAUUGAGGGAACGACGUUAAGGCAUUUUAAAAUAUUGAACAGAAACCUGGACGUUUUUCAUCUGGCGCUCAGAAAUGUGUGCCGUAAAUUCCGAUGACGCUCUGAAGAAAGGCUUCUGGAAGCUCCCGUGCAUGGAAACUGAUUUCUUGGUGCUAAAUGAAGCAGUAGGUUGUGCUUGGCUUCUAAUAUUUGCGUUGCUCUUCGUACUUGCGUCAUAGUACUAUUUUGGCGACCACAACUUGCCACGGGACAAGUUCCUCCAGGAGAAGAUCAAGCUAGACGAUGGCUGGGUGACUUUGGAAACGUUAAUCAAAUUCAACAGGUAAAUCUAUGGGUGCUUAUUCAAAGUUAACUUAAAGGAAGGGGAAGUGGUGACGGGGUUUUUUGUUGAGUCCUAUGAGUCCUGCCAGGGGCGUGGGUGGCGCUGUGGGUUAAACCACAGAGCCUAGGACUUGCUGAUCAAAAUGUUGGUGGUUCGAAUCCCCGCGAUGGGGUGAGCUCCCGUUGCUCGGUCCCUGCUCCUGCCAACCUAGCAGUUCGAAAGCACCUCAAAGUGAAAGUAGAUAAAUAGGUACCGCUCUGGCGGGAAGGUAAACGGCGUUUCUGUGUGCUGCUCUGGUUCGCCAGAAGCGGCUUAGUCAUGCUGGCCACAUGACCCGGAAGCUGUACGCCGGCUCCCUCGGCCAGUAAAGCGAGAUGAGUGCUGCAACCCCAGAGUUGGUCAUGACUGGACCUAAUGGUCAGGGGUCCCUUUACUUUUACCUUUAUGAGUCCUGCCUCCCUCAUCUUCUCCCCUGUGCUGCAUCCCAUGUUGUCCAGCAAGGCUUUAAGGCAGACCUCUUCAACCUCGGCCCUCCAGAUGUUUUGAGACUACAAUUCCCAUCAUCCCUGACCACUGGUACUGCGAGCUAGGGAUCAUGGGAGUUGUAGGCCAAAAACAUCUGGAGCACCCUUUCUCAACCUGUGGGUCCCCAGACGUUGUUGGACUACAACUCCCAUCACCCCUAGCUAGCAAGGCCAGAGCUCAGGGAUGAUGGGAGUUGUAGUCCAACAACGUCUGGGGACCCACAGGUUGAGAACGGCUGAUCUGGAGGGCCGAGGUUGAGGAAGCCUGCUUUAAGCGGUUGUAGGUGAGGAGAAAACUAUAGGUUGAGGAGUAAAACUAUUUCUAUGAGCUUCUUACAUAACCUUACUACGGCAUCCAAGCCAGUAUGUUCAGUAGAACGUAAUGGUUUCAGUUUUAAGGAUUUGUGCAGCCUUCAUGUUAUCUGAAUGCAAUGCAAGCAAUAUUUUAUAUUUUUUAUGAAUUUAGUACAAAUCCAAUAAAAGCCACAUUAUCACAGUACCCAAUCACAAUCCAAUUAAAAACAGAGCCGAUUAUUCAAAACCCGAAUUAACAAUUUGAGGUGACUUCUGUGCACUGGGUUUCAGGAUACGAGGUUCUUAUUUCUUCCUGCUUUCAUAAUCUUCAUUAAUCCAUUUACCGCAGUUCCGAUCUUAAUCUUUUGUUUAACAGCCACUGGUUUCUUGACUUUCAUUUGUAGUUGCAAAUUUAUUAACUUUCGUUUCUGCAAAAGGAGUUUGUGUCCAAUAAAUUUCCUGUGUGAGAUACUCAUUUUCCCUCUAUUUCUUCAUUUUUCCUGAUGUAAUCCAAUCAUAAAGGGCACCUAUGCUUCCACAUUUUCGCUCAGGUUGUAUUUAGAGGAGACUUAAUAUAAUUGAUCUUUUUUUAAAAAAAAAAAAAAGACGAAAACAAAUAACCUCUUUUUACCCACCUUUCUAUCUUCCUUCCUAGGUUAAAUCGCCUCACAAAAGACUUUGAUGUAAUAGUGGGGGCGUUGAAAAAAUCAACGACUGAGCUGAUGGAAAUUAGCGAAGACAAAGCUAAAGUCCGAAGAUCUCCAAACAAACCUUUGCCGGAAGUGACGGAGCAAUAUAAGAACGCGGUUAAAAGCAGAUCUGUGUAUAUUGUAAGUGGGAACGAUAAUGUGUUUUAAUGCACCUGGAUUUCAAACGUUUUAGUUUGGGGGACCCCAGUCCUGUAUGAAAAUUUCUUUGCCAUUACCGAGGACACCCUGAGUGUUGCAAAGGAUUCUGGGAAGCAUAUUGUAGGCCCUGGGCUUCACUAGGCUCAGUGAAUUGAAAAUGCACUCUUCCCCAGGGAAGAUCUACAGUGGUACCUUGAUUGUCAAGCUUAAUCUCUUCUGGAAGUUCAUUCAAAAACCAAAGCGUUCCAAAACCAAGGCGCACUUUCUCAUAGAAAGUAAUGCAAAAUGGAUUAAUCCGUUCGAGAUUUCUAAAAACAACCCUUGAAACAGCAAUUUAACAUGAAUUUUACUAUUUUAACGAGACCACUGAUCCAUAAAACGAAAGCAAUAAACAGUGUACUGCAGUCACACAAUCAAGCCAUCAGUAGCUGAACUGGGUUCCACACAGUCAGAAAAACAAAACAAAAGGAGCCGCAAAAAUGCAAAAUAAAUAGCACAAACAGACAGACCUCAGCUUAACACUCAAAAUGGAAGUGUGGCACUCAAGUCAGAAGCGUAACACUCAAAACGGAGCACAUUCAGCUUCCGAAAAAAGUUCUCAAACCGGAACACUUACUUCCGGGUUUGCAAUGUUUGGGUUCCAAGUUGUUUGAGUACCAAGGCGUUUGAGAACCAAGGUACCACUGUACUAUGAAAAUGAUGAAGCUGAGCCUUCAGGGCCCCUAAUCCCAGAGGAGCCUCAGAAACGACUUUAGCCCACAAUGCUUAAAAAAAGCUGGGUCUAGUCAACGCAAGCUGAGUCGCACGACUCAAAUUGAUUAUUUUUUGGUUGUAUAUAUUUCAGGGUGGAUUUGAUUUACAUCACAUAAAUUUAAAUCAUUUUUUUUUUUUUUUUACAGAAAGACUCAUUCUUUCUGGUAUAAUCUUAAUAUUUACAACCAAAUGAAGUUUUCAUUUUUGGAAUAAUAAAUUUUCAGAGUAGUUUUUGCAGUUGUAUCAAAAAUGGCUGAUUUGGUUAUACUAUUAGAAAUACAGAGAUUAUUGUGAGGUUUAAUAAGUUAACUGUUUAUAUUUGGACAGCUGUUCUGCUGUACUUUAUUGGAAGGAGAAAAAUAAUCAUUUCCUUAAUAACGAUUUAAACAAUUUAUUUAACUAAAACAAUAACAUGUUUGUUAACUGAUGUGGUUAAACAUUAAAAAAACACACACCUUAGACUGAGUUUUAGCACACAGGAAAAACUUAAAACAAAUCCUUAUUUCUUGAUGAAUAGUCUUUGGACUGCAAUGUAACUUAAAUAGAAAACGAUAUUUAGAAAGAUUUCCCCCCGAAAAGCAUUUUAUUUUAAAAAUCCGAUUUGAAUUAAAAAAAACCUCUGAUUUAAAUAAAAAAAUCAGUUUUUUAUUUUUUUAAAAAUCAUUGAUUUUUAUCCAUUGUGCCCCAUAUUAUGUUGCCUGGUAAUGAGCAGUUCAGCUUAAGUUGGCUAAUUCUGCUUGACAUUCAAUUUUUGCUCGUCGUGAGGGAGGCUCUCAAAUAUCGUUCUUUACUGCUACCCAUCCUGCUUAUGGGUAUUGUUCACAAACAAGACUACGCCCGUGUAAAUACCCUAAACGUCCCCAUAUAGGUGUUUGCAUAAAUGUGUCUCUGAAUAUGAAGUCACUGACCGAAUCCUCGAUUUUCAGAAAGGUUUUCCACAGGAUGCAACCCUUGAUGAUAUCAAGGAAUGGCUAGACUGUAAAGGAAAAGUUGAAAACAUUCAGAUGCGGAAAACCAUUCAGAAAAUGUUCAAGGUAACUCCUUUUCCUCAAAGCUCUUUUCAAUUAUUAUUUUUUCCUGUGGGAAUAUUCCACCGAUCUAAAUUAAAACACCCUCCUUUCUUACCUCCUUCAGGGAUCAGUAUUUGCAGUUUUUGACAGCGUCGAAUCUGCCAAACAGUUCGUUGAAACUCCAAACCAAAAAUACAAGGACACGGAGCUUAUUGUACUUUUCAGGUGAGUUAUGUACUUGAUAUCGUAAUGCUUUGGACUUAUAGAUUGUUACUAGUCACCCAGUGUGUUACUAUUAGUAUUCAAAGCCCUUAACAACAUGGGACCAGUUUACCUGCAAGAUCGCCUUGCCCAUAUAUGCCCACUUGACCUCUUUGAUUUGCGGAGCUGUCGCAGAAUACCUGAUCCACAUUUGUCAAAAAUUGGAUCUCUUAGUGUAAUGGCAUCUAAACUUUAGAACUCCUUACCUGUUGACACCAGGCAGGCCUUUUCACUGUACCCAUUUUGGCGCCUGCUAAAAACACUCUUGUUUAUACGAGCUUAUCCAGGUAUGUAGAGUAUUGCAAGUUUUAAUCUGUUUUUAGUUUAUUGCUGAUUUUAUUUUUAUUAAAAAUAAAAACUUUAAAUGGUUGUACUUAACCAAUUUAUUGGUUUUAUUCUUUUUGCAAACUGCAAACUACUGAGAGCCAGCAGACAGCAAAAUACAUUAGUAUCAGAAGAGAGCAGCAAAAGAGUCAGAUAGGAAGAUGAUUGCGUGACUGGCCUUUUACAGGCACUCACAGAGUCAUGCCCAUCUACCUGGUCACACUCGGGGAUGAUGCUCUAGACAGGUGUGACAGGAAGUCCUCCUGGCUGGAGUAACACCCACCCCUGUCUGUGUCCACUCUGGGCAAACAGGAAGUGUUGUACUUGACUGCUUAUGUUACAUCCCACACCAAGUUGUAAAGGCAAGCUUUGAGAGCCUUGGCGAAGGAGCCUACGAUCAAGGCUGGAGUGGACCUUUGCUUGUAAGUCUCUUGGCAGACGCUUUUGGGUGUGCUGCGCUCUAGUCCAUUACACCAAGUGCUAGAAAAUGGGUCUAGGGGGGUCUUCUGCCUUGCUCUGCCUGCCUGCCCUCUAGCAUCAUAGAAUCGUAGAACUGGGAGGAAUCUUAGCUAUAAAGCAUCUAUGACAGAUGGCCAUCCAACCCUCCAAGGAAGGAGAGUCCACAACCUCCCGAUGGAGAUCUUUCCACUGGCAAUGGUAGCGAUUUCUUGCAGUCUGAGGAACAAAGCACAGUGGGGAGAAGAGUCUCAUCGUGCUUUGAGGGGGAAACAGAUGGCCAGUUUUAAUAAGAGCUGAUUAUUUUUUUCUUGAACCAAAGCCAGUUUUUCUGUCAAUGCUAAUUGGUCACCAUUGUCUAUAGCAGUACCAAGGCAGCGAUUAGCUUGCUUCAAAGAACAGCCAGGCAUCUUAAGGGUGGCUUUCAUAUUCCUUUCCGUUGCACAGAGUACCCCUAAAUUGGCUCGCUUAAUUGAAUUAUAUAUUCCGUGCAGGGAUGAUUACUUUGCGAAGAAGAAUGACGAGAAAAAAAGGAACAGAUUGGAAGCGAAAGCAAAGGCCAAGCAGUAAGCGGAGACUUUUUAACCUCACAAUUAUCAUCUCCUCUUUGUUUGCCAGCAGUGCGCUCUGCUUAACUUCACAACCCUUUUUCUUAUUUUUUUUCGUCACAGGGAGAAAGAGGAGAAACAGAAGCAAGCGGAAGAUGCGGAAAUGGUACAUGCUCCUUGAUUUCACUGACAAAACUGUGUAAUCCACAGUGCCUCUGUUUCCCCUGUGUAAUUUAGAAGGAUAAGGUGGAAGAAUAAAGACUUGGAAAGCAAUUAGCUAAGACCAGCUUGAGUCUUCUCUCCUGGACCUGAUAAGAACAAUAAAACAAACAGGAAAUUUCCCCCUGGGUUCUCCAAAACACACGACGCUGUUUAGUAAUUAAAGGUAAAGGGACCCCUGACCAUUAGGUCCAGUCGUGGCCGACUCUGGGAUUGCGGUGCUCAUCUCGCUUUACUGGCCGAGGGAGCCGGCGUACAGCUUCCGGGUCAUGUGGCCAGCAUGACUAAGCCGCUUCUGGAGAACCAGAGCAGCGCACGGAAACGCCGUUUACCUUCCUGCCGGAGUGGUACCUAUUUAUCUACUUGCACUUUGACGUGCUUUUGAACUGCUAGGUUGGCAGGAGCAGGGACCGAGCAACGGGAGCUCACCCCGUACGCACUUGAUUUCUUACAUAUACUGGGACUGAGCCAGUAGUCGGCCCCAACGUCCGUUUUCAGUGCGAAGGCUCAAUCCUAGAGCAUAUGAAGUAAGUAGGAAAUGCCCCUGAGAAGGUACAGAGUGCAUUUUUAUCCCAGAUAUGAGUAACUGGCUGUGGACUGGGACUAGCUGUAAGGAGGGUUUGCACAGGAACCUGAACCUUGACAACAUUUCUUCUGCUGAUAAUUCCCUGUACGGGACAGCUGCAUAUGCCUUCAUUGCAGAGGGUUGGACUAGAUGAUUCUCAGGGUCCCUUCCAACUCUACAGUUCUCUGAUUCUUCUAGAAAUUAAAUCCGGAGUGCCUCAUUUAUAAGGGCUGUUUGCCUAGUGCUGCUGGAGAUACAGGAGACCUAGAAAGCAGUUCUGCUCCUUUUUAUGUCAUUAGGUCAGCCUUGUAUUUAACACCUUGCGGGGUAGACAAAAAUCACCUGGAAUUUCAUUCCGACAAAGGGGCUGGCUGGAGGAGAAAGGGCCUUCUCUUUCAGUCCACUUGGUAGAAGGGUUUUUUUUUUUAAUUUAAAAAGGUAGUCAGCAUUUUCAUGCUAGUCGCAAACUUAAUCAGCCAAGGCUCCAUUUAGGCCAUACAGUGGAAAAGGCUGUUCUGACCCAGAUGGGAGAGAAUUGAGGUUUGUAAGAGUUGUGUGGAUAAGGCUAAAGGCAACGGUACUGUUUGGUUUCAAGCUUCUUCCAAAAUAGUCUUUCGGAGACUUAAAACUCAAUUGCCAAAGUGCAUCUGGGAUUGUAAUACCCCCUUUUAUUAAUUUUCAAUUGCAAACCAAUAAUAGCCUCAUUAUAACAAUGCCAAAUUAUAAUACAAUGAAUAAUAACAAUCAUUGAGAUGCCAAAUUAUACAAUUUAGAUGGCCCUCUACGUGCUAGAAUUGGUUUAGUGAUUUACUUUGUUUCUGUGCUCCAGAAUCUUACAAAUUUCAAUUACGCUCCAAUCAGACUGGAGUGUAAUAGUCCUCCUCCUGCCAGUGUCCUGUGCUAAAGUAGUUUUCCUGGAAGAAGGAGCCCCCCCCCCCAAAUUCCAGAUUUAAUGUGAUCAUGGGUACCUUUGUGUUACAUGGGUUGUGGGGGGGGGAGAUGAGCAAUGCCAAAUAAAUUCACAUUCUUGAAGUUGUGGUUGGAAGACUUUGAGCGUACAGUGGUGCCUCGCAAGACGAAAUUAAUCCGUUCCGCGAGAGUCUUCGUCUAGCGGUUUUUUCGUCUUGCGAAGCAAGCCCAUUGACAGAUUAGCGCUAUUAGCGCUAUUAGCGGUUUAGCGGCUAUUAAAGGCUUAAAGGCUUAGGGGAUUAGCUGCUAAAAGGCUAUUAAAGGCUAUUAAAGGCUUAGCAGAUUAGAUAAAGGGGGGGGGGAAGCGAAAAAAAAUCUCAAGACUCGCAAGGUAUUUUCGUCUUGCGAAGCCAGCCCAUAGGGGAAUUUGUCCUGCGAAGCAACUUCAAAACGGAAAACCCUUUCGUCUAGCGGUUUUUCCGUCUUGCGAGGCAUUCGUCUUGCGGGGCACCACUGUAUUGGUUUUGUGAUGGUACCACCAUAUACUGCAGGAAGGUGUGAUCAAGGGUACUCUUGUCUUAACCGAGGUUAGAUCGCUGGAGCAUGCUUGGGAAACUGAACCUUAGAGUAAAGCAGCACAUAGCUUGAAGCAUGCAACUCAAAAUGCGACGGCUAUCACGAGCCACCAGCAGCCCUAUGCAGCCAACAGCACUGAAGGAAUGUCCCAAUUCAGGCAUUCUCUUUCAUGACAUCAUAAUCACAUGGUGGAAGGGGGUGGAGCUGUGUUGGUUGGGGAAUGGGUCCUCCCAAAGUGUGGAUGGCGGUGGGGGGGGGGUGCAGGGCCAUGGAGCCAGCUGAGGAGUGUGGAGGUACAGUGCUGUGGCCCCCCACCCUUCCGCCUUGUGAUUAUGGUAGCAUGAGAAUCUCUGAAUGGGGCCAUUUUAACAGCCAGGAACUUGGGAACUCGCCAAUGGUCUUAUCUACAAGCUUGAUCCUCCACCCAUCCACCUUGGAACGUUCCAAGUUUGUGUACAUCUCAUUGCCCAAGUGCUGGGAAGCUUUAAAACCCAUCUCUUGCUUGAAGUCUUGUUCAAUCCUGCUGGGGUAUAAAUGUCUGUCCUGUCUAAUGGAAUCUUUUCCCUCCCCUUUUGUAAAUGAAAGAAAUCUCUGGAGGAGAAGCAAGGCUGCUUGCUGAAGUUCUUUGGAGACCUGGAAGAUCAGACUUGCCGAGAAGACCUCCAUGCCCUCUUUUCUGGCCAUGGCGAAAUUAAAUGGAUAGACUUUGUCAGAGGUGCCAAAGAGGUCAGACCCGGGGCGCUGAUGCAACAAAAUGGGGCACUGUUUUCAGGUUUUGCUGCGCUCGCUGCCCGAUACGACGGUGGUUCUCUUCGAAACGUAUACACCAGGGACGUCCAACUCCCCAGAGACUGCGAUCUACUCACAGAAUAAAAAUCUGGCAGUGAUCCAGCCCUUCAGGUCAAAGUUGUGGAGCUUUUCUUAGGGAGGAAAGACAAAGUUGUGGAGCUUUUUUUAAGAGGGGGAGGUAAAAAAAUGUUGAGCUUUCUUUAGGGGAGAAAGGAAAAAGUCGCUCACCAAAAGAUUGCUCAGUAAACAAUCAGCCUCACAGCAAAAACUCCGUCUUCCAUUCUAGCGAUCAUGCGCAAAUGGAAGAGGGGGCGAGGCCAGCUGCUUUUUUCCCCCAGCAAAGGAAAACAAGCCAGCAAUCAACUGCAGUCGACCUUAACCUCCCAGGGAUCGACCAGUAGAUCGCAGUCGAUCGGUUGGACAUCCCUGGUAUAUACAAUCUAUUACUGAAAAUCAGAAUGGAAAACUUGGCAGAAACGUUUGAUUCCUCCUAUCCAAGGCGCACUUGUAAAAACAGGAAGCAUAAAUUUCAUUCUCGUUUGCUAGACAGAAUGCUGUGAUUACUUCGCUGUAUUCUUCUAAGCGGCAAAUUAAUAGGUAGAGGUAAAACUCUGCAUUGUGGUGAAUAACUAACAAUGGGUUUCAACCCUAGGAGACCUGUGGCCUGCCUUAAAAUGUUCUGCACUCCCGCCAGCCCCAGCUGGUGGUCACAAGUGAUGGAGGUUGUAGUCCGAACAGCACCUAAAGGGUGUCUGCUUUUCCCAUCCCUCCCUUAAACAAAUUGGGUGGUAUUUCAACUAAGAUUUACUCAGAGUACACCCAUUGAAAUUAAUGAGCGUGACCAAGUUAGGUCCAUAAAUUUCAAUGGUUCAACUCUUGAGUAAUACCUCCCACAGAUUUGCCACACGAGCGAUGUCCCAGGAACCAGAGCUAGUAUAAAACACCCCAGGAAACUCUGGCAGCUACUAGCUGAAGGAGCCACAGCUAGCUUUGGAAGGACUGCUUUAUGCUCAUAAGCUACUGGAACUGGUCGAUUCCCCUCUGUAGUCUGCUAUAGCAUCUUCGCCUGGGAAAGAGAGAAUAGCUAAAGGGCAGAGUUGUGGGUAGUGACCCAUGUGCUGCUUUAGGAACAUAGAAAGCAGUAUUGUCUCUAUUGACCGGUAGCAGUUAUCUGGGAUUUCAGACAGAAAUGUCUCCCAGGCCUAGCUGGAGAUGGCAGGGAUUAAACCUGGGACCUUCUGUGGGCAAAAUCGAUGCUCCAGCACCAAGCCACUGUUCUUUGGGUCAUAAGUUUAUCCUGUCCGGCUUAGGCCUCAAAUGAAAAGAACAGCAACUAAUGCCAGUACAGUCGUACCUUGGAAGUCGAGCACCUUUGAACUUGAAUGUUCCGGCUCCCAAAGGAUUGAAAACCAGAAGUGAUUGUUCCAGUUUUCGAACGAUUUUCGGAAGCCAAAUGUCCGGCGCGGCUUCCGAUUGGCUGCAGGAAGCUCCUGCAGCCAAUCGGAAGCCACGCCUUGGUUUUCGAACUGUUCUGGGAGUCAAACGGACUCCUGGAACGGAUUAAAUUAAAAAACCAAGGUACGACUGUGGUACCUUGUUAUGUACUUAAUUUGUUCCAGAGGUCUGUUCUUAACCUGAAACCGUUCUUAACCUGAGGUACUUUAGCUUAAUGGGGCCUGCUGCACCACUAGCAUUCAAUUUCAGUUCUCAUGCUGAGGUAAAGUUCUUAACCCGAGGUACUACUUCCUUGUUAGCAGAGUUUGUAACCCAAGGUGUUUGUAACCCGAGGCACCACUGUAGUAGCUUAUCUCAAUUUUUCACAAUAAUAAACACAUGCUUUUUCAUAAAAGCACGAGUUUUACGCCAGGUGCAUAAUGACUUUCAGAUAUGGAGACACCGAUGAGCACAAUAUAAAACAGAGUAAAACUGUAAUGUAAUACAGUGCUACCUCAGGUUACAUACGCUUCAGGUUACAGACUCCACUCACCCAGAAAUGGUGCUUCAGGUUAAGAACUUUGCUUCAGGAUGAGAACAGAAAUCGUGCUCCGGCGGCAGCAGGAGGCCCCAUUAGCUAAAGUGGUGCUUCAGGUUAAGAACAGUUUCAGGUUAAGUACGGACCUCCGGAACAAAUUAAGUACUUAACCUGAGGCACCACUGUAAUUAUAUAAGUACCUAAUACCACUUAACCUCUGUCCGAGUUGUAUUGCAUGUGGCCAAUACAGACCUAAUACCUCAAAUACCGCUUGUGUUUGUGCACACCUAUACGAUGUCAGGAUUUAUUUGUAUAGUUGUUCAAGGCUUUGACCUUUUUAAAAGAGCUAUGGUCUUGUAUCUGUGCACUGUGUUCGUGCCACACCCCAGUAGAACCAUUCUUGCAUCGGCUACUACGUGCACACACACGUUAUAUGCCACCACAUGCCCCGAUAUCUGUGAGCUCUCGUGAUAGAUGAGUCUGCGCAUGGUGUGAAUUUGGUGCUUUUCCGAAGAAGUGCAUGACAUGCCAGCUAUGUUGCUGCAGCGCUAAAAACGAAAUAGGAGUACUUAACAGUGGGCUGCCUUAAGAGGGCUCAGAUGAGUGAUCAGUUAUGUUCCUGGGCAACUGGUGUCAAAUACAGUCAUACCUCAUGUUAGGGCCACUUCAGGUUACGUGUUUUUGGGUUGUGGACCACGAGAAACCUGGAAGUACCGGAAUAGGUUACUUUCGGGUUUCACCGCUCACGCAUGUGCAGAAGCGCCAAAUCGCACCUGCGCAGAUGCAGCGCUUCAGGAUGCGAACGCUGCGGGUUGCAGACGUGCCUCCAUCACGGAUUAUAUCCGCAACCUGGGGUUCUACUGUAAACUGUUCCAACAAACCUAGUUUAGGCCGGGGUCUCGUGGGAGUGCUUGGCCUGCGUGGUCCUUACCGCUGCAUCCGUUACGACUCGGCGGCAAAUUUUAGCUAUCGAAUCGCCACCUUGUCUGUCUCUUCUGACCGCAGGGAAGCCAUAGAAAGAAAAUGUCUGAGCGAACGGUUGUGUAUUGAGAUAACAAACUUGCGUUUCUGCACACAGGGAAUCAUCCUGUUCAAGAGCAGCGCCAAAGAAGCGCUGGAUAAAGCCCAGGCGGCAAAUGACGGGAGCCUGCAGCUGCGAGGCAGAGAGGUGACGUGGGACGUGCUGGAAGGAGACGUGGCGAGAGAAGCGCUCAAGAAAAUCAUGGAGGGGCAGCAAGAACUGUUGAACAAAAAGAAAGGAAAAGGUGACGUUUUGCCUUGAUUUUGUCUUCUUCUUUCAUUUAGUUUACCUUCUUGGAAGCCUUAUUAUGUGGAUAGCCGGUGUUGAGCAAAGCAGUGGGCUGCUCUUCUCAAGUAGGGUCCUGGUCUGGGGAUCUGCAGAGCAAACGUUUCUAGACUCUUCGGUAGCUCACAGAAGCUAUGUAAGGACACAAAGAUGAGUCUGGCUGGAUCAGACCAGGGAGCUAUCUUGUCCGGAAAUGGUUUAAUGCAGUGGUGGACCAGUUGCCUUUGGGAAACCUGCAAGCCAGACAUGAGGCCUAGGCCAGUGCCAGAAUAGCUCACUUGGUAGAGCAUGACUCUCUUGAUCUCAGGGUUGUGUGUUUGAGCUUCAUGUUGAGCAAAGCAUACCUGCAUUGCAAUGGGUUGGUCUAGGUGACUCCUGUGGUCCCGAUUCUAGGAAUGCUGGAAGAGCAGCAGUGGGGGUGGGGCUUUGGAGGGGACUGCAAAACUGGUGGUGAACUGGACUGUGCAGCAGAGGGGAAAGCCUAUGAAAUAAGAUCAUGCUGGGGCAGUGAGAGCGCGCUGGGGAUGUAAUCCGAAUUCUGCAACUGAUUCGCACACCUCAUUGCUCGUGGUUGGAUGGGCAGACUAACUCUCAGCACCGUGCGUGGAGGGGAUGCACGAGUUCUGCUGGCGGGGUUUGAUCUAUGAAGGCUUACCCGCACAUACCGGCAAAAUGCUUGGGGAGCGCUGCACAUGAAUAUGCUUUGUAGAAGGGUCCAGGGUUCAAGUUCUGGGCAAGGCAGGGCAAAAGUGGAAAACCGCUGCCUGUCAACAUUUGGCUUAGAUAGUUGAGGUUGCAGUUUUCUUAUCCUCUUGAGAUGCGUUGCAGGAAGCCCCUAAAGCUGAAUAUUAAGCGGCCUAAGACGUGCCUAUUCUUGCCUAACAGGCCGCAAAGGUAAAGGAAAAGGUGGCAAGGGACCUCAAGGUGCGCAGGACAGGAAAGUGAAAUUCCAAGGCAAGAAAACGAAGUUUGAGAGUGAAGAUGAAGAAGAGGGGGAAGACGAAAGUGCGACAGGUGAGCGCUUUUCUUUAUUAGAACAAGAUUCUGAAUGCAUGCAUUGGGUUUAGUAUCACAUCCUCUUAAUACUGGCUGGGGUUUUUCCUGGUAUCAAAUGCAGCUUCCCACUGCAGAAUAAAAGGGCUAGGUAAGGAAUAAGCCUCAGCAACUCAAGUCUCACAUACUUUAGGUUGAAUGUCUUUGCAGAAUGGUUUACCCGGAACAGGCAAAAAUAGUGCUGUGCAACAGAGGCUCCAGCCAACCUGAUCUUUCAAGGAGCCUUGGCAGGGCAAGUAAUAAAAAGGCGGUGUUAAUCUCCACGAAAAAGCCAGAAGGCCAGUAAGAUUGGUUGGCAACUCAUAGCUCAACGCCAAAAUACAUUCCCAGCACACUGAGCUGUGUUUACCAUCCAGCUUGUUCAGGCUUUUGCUGCUGGGGGGAAAUGGCUGAUCAGUCAAAAUAGGCUCGGAGGCCUCUGUUACUUCAAAAUAGUCACUUUACAGCUGAAUCUGUUUCACCUUGAACAGCUUCAGGUCCAAGGGGAGAAUGGCUGUCUGAGGGUCACAAGCAUUCCUCGAUAUUCUUCCAUCCAAAUACGUAGCGUAAGCAUUUGAUGUUGUUCUGAGAGAGGCACCAAGGACGGUUGCACAAAAAGUUUCAGUAAUACUUGCUUUAUUGGCAGAGGUAUGGAUCUGGCUGUUUCAUAGAUCAAAUACUGAGUUAACUCUUGGACGUUUUUAGGGGCGGCGAGUCCAAAGAAAAGACCACUGGAAGAGGCUGAGAAGGAAGAGCCUGCCCGCAAACAGCUGAAGACAGAAAAUGGAGCUGGAGAUACAGAAUAG